AUGGGAGACUCUCACCCUCCACACCUGGAUAUGGGAUUCACCAGUUCUGAGCCCCACAGCUUCUGCGCCUUUUCCCUUGGUGAGAAGCUCAACAUUGACUGUCACAUAGAGGCCUUUGCAGGGUAUCUGCUGGAGACUACCUCAGCUCCAAAAGCUGCUCAUAGCCCCUUGACAUGUGGAUUCCCGUAUGCAGUUGCUAGCUUUGUCAAAGCCAGGCAAGAAGGUGAGAGUGACACUUCUCCUCUCCUCCUCUACCCAAGGACAACCUCAACAACCAACACCAUGUGUGGCAGCUACUACGGAGGCUGUGGCUACGGACGCUGUGGCUACGGAGGCUGUGGCUACGGACGCUGUGGCUACGGAGGCUGCGGCUACGGAGGCUGUGGCUACGGAGGCCUGGGCUGUGGCUAUGGCUCCAGCUAUGGCUGUGGCUUCCGCAGACUGGGCUGUGGCUAUGGCUGUGGCUCUGGCUGUGGCUACGGCUAUGGCUCCCGCUCCCUCUGUGGCUGUGGCUAUGGAUGUGGCUCUGGCUACGGCUCUGGCUUUGGCUGCUACUAUUGA